UUCCUUUUGGUAACUUACGAUAAUAUAGAAAAGAUAGUGACAAUAUUAGUGUAAAUGUUUGUUUAUCUAUUUAAACCAUCAUUUCUGUUCAAUGCUAGAAACAGGUUUAUAGUGCGACAGUAUGGUGAAAAGGAUGACAAGUUUUAGUGUUCUUGUUUAUUUGAUACUUAAUAUUUUCAUAUGCAAAGGAGUUACAGUAGUAGCAGGCAUAGAUUGUCAUUUUGAUAUGAACUUCUGUGAUUGGCGUCAAGAUAUCUAUGACGAUUUUAAUUGGACAAGAGGUGAAUCAGAUGAUUUGUAUACUGGCCCUUAUUCCGAUCACACUACAGGAAAGGGUUACUACAUCUACGUAGAUUCAUACAAUAAUGACAAAGGUACAAUAGCAAGACUUAUCAGUCCAAUGCAGUCAUCAGGUCAAUACUGUUUAACAUUUUGGUACAGUAUGUACGGUAGAAAUAUUGGAGCCCUCAACGUUUACAUUGAAAUGAAAGACGGGAACAAAACUGUUAUCUUCUCAAAAAACAAGGACAUAGGCGUGCGUGAUUGGUGGAAAUCAGUUUUGAACAUAAAUGCUUAUGACACAUAUCAAAUCGUGAUUGAAGGAAUAAUCGGGGACGGAUAUAGAGGGAACAUAGCAAUAGAUGACAUUUCUAUAAGAUCUGGAUCGUGUUCAAUAGAUUGUGACUUUAAUGAUGACUUUUGUAACUGGAUGCAAUUUGAUGGUGAUAAUUCCGACUGGGGAAGACAAAAAACGGCAAACACUGAAACCAACGCUGAUCACACAUCUGGAGACGAUUACUAUAUCUACAUAGCCACAAUCGGUAAAUAUAGAAAGGAUACAGCUAUAUUAUUAAGCCCCAAGCAGGACGCUGGGAAAUAUUGUCUCUCAUUCUGGUAUGGCAUGCAUGGCUCCAACAUUGUAAGACUUCGCCUGCAAAUAUGGAAUACGACCGGCUCAGAGCAAACAAUUUUUGCACUUGAAUCAGCCCAGGGCCAACGGUGGUUUAAAAAAAUGAUUUUUUUAUAUUCAGUGGAUGUUUUUCAGGUGAGGCUGGUUUGAUUUU